AUGCCGCUGACGCAGCGCAAGCUUCGAGCGAGGCGGCCGGGCAAACUUCAGCCGCUCGCGCAAAGUUGCAUGCCCACAAAACUUGAAGAACUGAAGUGGGCGGAUGAUGAGUUAGUGCAGAAGCGCCUUGCUGAAAAUGGUUUCAGUAACGAUGAAGCAUUGAAAGACAUCACGCGAUCGGAUAGGACAGCGCACGUUUAUGAGGGAGGAUUUAAGAUCUGGGAAUGUUGUUACGACUUGUGCAAGUUGAUUGAAGCUGAAUCGUCAGAUAUUCAAGGGAAGCGCAUAUUGGAACUUGGUUGCGGUGCAGGUUUGCCGGGUAUCUUGUGUGCCCUUCGUGGCGCUGCGCACGUCACAUUUCAUGACUUUAAUGAGUGUGUUGUCCAAUGUUUUACUAAAGAAAACUUGCGGCUGAACUCAGUGGGAGAGUCGCAGUAUCGACUACUCAGUGGCCCUUGGAACGACUUCCAGUCCUGUUUUGAACCCAGAGGGUAUGACAUCAUCAUCACAUCCGAGACUAUAUACAACAUCGAGGAUUACGAGGCACUUCACAAUGCUUUUGAUUAUGCGCUACCACCAGCGGGCGUAAUAUGGGUGGCAGCCAAGAUCUUCUACUUUGGUGUUGGUGGCAAUGUUCCUGCGUUCAUGGAGUACGUUGGAAAACGAAGCGUCUUCAAAGCAACCAUUAAGGAGACAAUACAAGCCGAUGUGCAGAGGGCAAUUGUUGAACUCCGUCGCUUGUAGGUAAACCACUUCGUAGAUGUUUGAUUGUUGAUUUGAGGUUGUUGUUUUGUUUUGAAUAAAGGUUUAAUUGUUCA